AGAUUUAGCAAGGUGGAAGCUGCCAUGAGAUGAAUAUAGUAGACAAGUUAGAGGACCUGGAGAAUCAGGUAUGGUCCUCAGAUCUGUACGUGAGACAGGAAGCUAGCUCGGAGCUGCUCACUGUUCUGUCAGAAGCUAACGAUGAGGUGUUCGACGGUAGUUCCUUUCAGUGGGACUCCAUGUGCGGUGGUCUUGCUAGAUGGAUAUCCGGAACUAACUUCAAGAUAUCGUUGGUAGCUUUGAAGGCUAUCACCAUGAUCGCAACCCGAAUGGGCGAGGAUUUAGCUCCAACCCUCAGUACCUUGCUUCCUGCUAUAAUAGACAGAUUAGGAGAUACUAAAGAUUCUGUAAGAAAAGAGGCAGCUUCUCUCAUACAAGUUUUGAUGAGCUACGUCAAAACUCCAAAGACGAUUUUGGAUGAAAUAGUGCCAAAGGUAAUGGAUCAUAAGAAUGCUAAAGUUAGGGAGGGAAUGUUACUCUGCAUUUCUGAGACUCUGCAAAAUUUUGGACACAAGGAGUUGUCAAUCAGUAAAGUAAUCCCGUCCAUACUGGAGCUAGCAAGUGACAAUAGCGCCCCAGUCAGGGACCAGGCUGUAGAUACACUGUGUGAAGUGUAUAAACUUGUUGGGGAACCUAUCAGGAAUGAUAUUCUCAAGCGCAGAACUCUUCCUUUCCAAAAAGAGAAGAUGAUAAUACAGAGGUUUGAUGACCUGUUCCAAGCAGGGCUAGUUAACUCUGAUGGAUUAUCUGAUCGUGUACCUUCUGAUGAGUCAUUGAAUAGUGAACCGGAGAAGGUUAAAACUGUCGAGCGAGGUGGAGGCAAGAUAUCGAAGAGCACCUCGUCUGGAACCCUCAACAAACGAGCCAUGCCUCUCAAGAAGAGUGCCUCCAGCCACAAAGCUAAAGGUUCAUUCCACACCAUCUCUCCAGCUGACAACUUAAACGGUGGAUUGGUAGUAGCCGACAGCGGGCUUCUGACUGAGGAAAAUCUAGAUGAGUACAUCAAAGAUUACAACACUGUUAAUAUAUCGUCUCCUAAAGAGUUGGCAGACUUUUGUAACGCAUGUGCCGAUAUCAUGGAGAAUUCUGACGAUUGGGAAAAGCGAAUAGUCGCCCUGCGAGAUCUCAGAGGUGUAAUGUUUUGCGGAGUAGAUCACUUUAAGGGUUUCAAAUUAACAAUUACUGGAAUGUCACGAGCCAUCGAGAAAACAGUCAAAGACUUGAGAUCACAAGUGGUCAGAGAAGCUUGUGUUACCGUCUCAGCCAUGUCAACUGAAUUGGGGAACGAUUUCGGCUCGUGUGGAGAAAAAUUACUGACGGCCUUAUUCUCUCAGCUCUUAGUCAACGUCAAGAUUAUGAAUUUAUCUGCUCAUGUUUGUUUGCGACGUGUUAUCGCGUGUACUCAGUAUCCAAAGAUGUUGCCUAUAAUUUGCGAACAGAUGAAAUCUAAGAGUCCAAUGUGCCGGAAGCGGGCAGCCGAAUACAUUGAACUCAUUUUCCAACUAUGGGAACUCAAUAUCAUCACAAAAAACUUGUCAAUAUUAGAAGGUACCAUCAAGAGUGGAAUUAAUGACGCAGACUCAGAUACAAGGAUAUUUUCAAGAAGGACAUUCUGGCUCUACAAUGAAUUUUUCCCCAAAAAUGCUGAAAAUAUGAUGAAAACGUUUGAUACGUCGAAGAAAAAGAUGCUGCAAGAAACCAAAAUGGGAAAAUCGGCAGCUCCCGGCGCUGGUGCCACUAAUACCUUGAAACGGACGAAGAAGAACUUAGCUCCUGGAUCCUCAGCUACCCUUCCCAAAAAGCCUACAAUGAGCAAGAGUACUCCAGAUCUUUCUCAAUUGGGGAAACCAUCAACUCUACCAAGACAGCCAAAAACUCCUGCAAGAGUUCAAGGAGUGACGGACAGUAAAACCCCGGUAGGAUCUAAAACCCCGGGUGGAAGUACCUUCAAGCGUCACAGUGGACAGUACAGUUCUUAUCGAGCACCAAGAAGCACCACCGCCUCCCCUGCCAACGAGAAAACUCGUCAAGGAGUGGUCAAGAGCAAGAGCACCGUCCUGUCUCCCUCGCUCUCACGUGACCCCGCCACUGGAGUCAAAAAGAGCAAGAGUGGAGUUAUGCGGAGUAAGAUUGGGCCCGUUGGUGGCUCACUCACCCAGCCCCGACAGACUCGUCGCCCAAGCGAAAGGACUGGAACAGUAAUAAGCAGAUCAGACGUUAGAGAAGCUAUUGAACAACAGAAUCGUCCAUCGCUUGAUCGUUCAAAGUCGUCAGCUGGAGGCUACAGAGACCGAGGUGGUUCUGAGUUUUCCGAUGACGGUAGACCUCAGUCCUCAAGAUCGGGUAAAAGCAGAUCUAACAGGCCGACCAUGACUCUGGAUGACAUAGAAGCAGCUCGUAUUGCAGCAGCUCUAACAUCACAUAGAGAGAAGGAGCUAGCGAGGGAAGGGGGUGCCAGUGAGUUUGAUAGGGACAUGGAAGAGAUAAAAGAGUCACACAGAAGGGGCCGUCACUCCUCCAGUGAUGGUGGUAAGAGGCAGAAGCGAUCACGUUCUAGCGGACCCCGAGCUAGAUCUCGCCCAACUACUAACGUCAAUAAGGACGAUAUAAAAAUUGCACAAGCUGCCAACAACGAUGCGCGUUUAUCUCGACAGUCAUCGUCGUUGCAAGUGGACGAUUAUAGUUCUGUCGAAGGUUAUGCUACUAUCAAAAGGCGACCCAAAGGUGGCAGGAAGUCUCGGACUUCUGAUACUGAAGCUAUGGAAGUCGACAGAAGAAGAUCGUCAGUUCAAUCGGGUGGUAUGACAGAGGAGGAAUUCAUGAGAAUACACAUGGAUCUUCCGGCAGGCCGAUCUUCCAGCAGAACGAGUGACAACUCUUCCGGGCGGGGGCAGAUCGAGGACUCGGACAGCAGAACGGCGGCCCGGUCUGGGAGCGCGACUGGAGGCGUGAGAAGAAGCGUGAGUGCCCGAUCAGUCAACAGUAUCGUAUCAAGCGAGACCAGGUCCGCUACUCUGCGACGAGCGAAUAACAGAGCUAGUCCUGGCCGAGCAAGUCCAGCUAGCACUAGCAGCAGCAGGACUGCUGCUCAGCAGACCGCACCACGCACUCCUUCCAUCCGGAAAAGUGCUUCCGCUAAUCUCAACCAAGACAGUCUUGCUUCUGCGUUUGGAAGAGGCACCAUCCCCAGGAUGACAAGUCAGGACAGUAUUGCCUCCUCUACUGACAGUAGUUCACAUGAUGUGAUAAGAUAUAGAAGAAGGCGGUUGUCAAGCGCGGGAAGCAACCAAAGUUCGGUCAAGUCUAGAAUGGAGGACAUACAAGAAAUAGUGCGAGCAUCAGAGAGCAGCAGCUGGAAGAUCCGAGAAGAAGGAGUCCACAAACUGAAAGUAAGGAUCAACGAAGAAAGAGGAUUCAACACUAGAGAGAGGAGAAUGGUCCUUCAUCUGUUCGAGCAAAUGCUCAACGAUAACCACGCUAAAAUCCUCGGAACAACGCUGGAUGUUUUAGACGAAUUCCUGGCUCUUUACCGAACCAACCUAACAGACUGGGGAGCCACCAUCCUAGCCAAGGCUCUCUACCUACAGAGCAUGAAACAAACCCAGAGUAACUUCGACCGUGUCAUGAGAUUACUGGACACCUUACACCGCUCCUUCCCGUACGAUUUACAACUGACCUGGUGUUUCUCUAUCCUGGACUCCAGACAAGUCAACAGCAACGCUAAGAUGAAGGGAACCUUGUUGGAGUAUAUGUCCUGUACUUUCGAAGUCAUGGACCCCAUGGAGUUUAUUCAAACCAAAGAGAGCACCAUUGGACUGAAAGUCUUGCUUCAAAGCUCAACAGAUCCGAAGAGACUUUCUUUAGAUGUUCAGAGUUGUAUCGGUUUUGAUAAAACUGCCCACGAGAGAGUAAAAAAAGCUAAUGCGCCGGAUAUCAGGAAAAAGAGUGCUACUCUGAUAGCAACAAUGUUUAGACACAGUCCACCAGUUUUUAGCAGUAUUCUCAACACAGUUACUGAACAAGAGCAGGGUCAGUGUGUGAUGUUAUUACAAGAGACGGUCCCCAACAUGAUGUCCCAGGAGAGUGAAGUAUUGAUGGGCUACCCAGGCUACAACAAGAUCGUGUCUGAUCAUCAGUCCGCUACUUCUGAGGAAUCUGCUUCUCUUUUCGAUGCUAUAAACCAGAGUUCCCAUAGGUUCGGCUCCAGUCCAGGGAGCUACACUUUCGACGUUGACGCGGAGAACAUCAACCCAGACAUACUGAACAGUCCAGUCAGCAAGAUAAGUCUGGACAAGGAUCGGGAGAACAGUUUCAGCGAGCAGCGUGAUAGAUCUCUCACUGCAGAGCUUCAGGCCGUUUCUAAUUUGAACAACAAUACCAACGGAGGAUCAGCAUCAUCACCCCUCCUCCAGUCUCCAUCACUCAACGGAAGUAUGGCUGAAAACAACAAAGUGUUUGCCGUUUUGGAGGCACUUCUCGGCGGCACUCAAGAUGAGAAAUCAGCCGCUCUGAUUGAGUCUCUGAACCUGCUGAAAGAGGACACCUCUAUAAACGAGGAGAACAGCUACGAUCUGCUGAGUGCCAUUAUGAGUUGCACUGAAGAGGAUGACACGGAGCUGGUGUCUAAAUCUCUGAAAGUUCUCAACAAGUUCCUGGUUUAUCAGGCAGACUACAUGGCCCCUCACUGCGAGGAGGUUGUUACUAAGAUCGUCAGGGCUAAGUGCCCCAUGCAGCACGCUGAUAGUGAAUCACUGUACCAACUGCUUGUUAUGGUGUACAAAACAGAAGCUAUCUUGAAUCUGCUAGUUCCGAUGUUGCAGCAUGAGACUUAUCCAGUCUUGCUGUCCGUUAUCAACCUACUAUACUCAACGCUGAAGCAGAACACUCCAGAAUCACAGUCGAAGUUGGAGUCCCGCCUCCCCGCUCUGUGUGCAGCAGUGUGCCCACAGUGCUCGCACGUGGAGACAAAUGUCAGGAAACAAAGCAUCUUCUGCCUGGUGGAGUUACUCCUCAUAUUCGGGACUGAAAGGGUGGACACCAUGUUGGACUCCCUAACUGUCAGCCAGAAAAAGCUGGUGUACCUGUACUACAACCGGCAUCAGCGUAACGUACGGUGAAAUCCCACACUCCGACAUUUUCGUCACCCGAUCUAACACGAAGUUAGAGACCGGACGAGCAAUAAGUAAAUUUAUAUCACGACAAUCAACGCCGUGUAUGUGUGCUGAGCAGAGAUUAUGAUAUAAUUCAGAACGGAGAAACUGUGGUUAAUGGAAAGCUGGUUUUGUGGUUCGAAUUGAUUGAGACAGUCUAGGAUCGGACGAAUCUGAUACGAUGACUCUGGUGGUUUGCUUGUUUUUAUUAGUAUCGUGGUAAGAAUACUGGCGAUACGACUUCCUUCUUGAAUUGGUUAAUUUGGAAACUUAAACGUCUUCUACUCUGAGAACAACUGAAUAAGUUCAGUUACCUCGAUUUUGUUAGAGCCUGAAAGUGCAUCAGCAACGAAUGCUUGGUAAAGGCCGAUAUGACCUGAACUUUUCGGUAUUUUGCUUUAGUUCGGAUUAUAAUUUCCGAUACGCUGAACCUGCUGCGUUGCUAUUAUUGAUAUUAAUAUGGGCAUGUUUUUUCGCAGAAUUAUGUUUAUCUUCAUAAACUUGUAGCGAUAGUGCUUGGGUAUUGAAUUAUAGAAUACAUGCACCCAAAAUUGUUAAUAAAGCCAAACAUCGAUUUUGUUAACGCAAGUUAUUUACACUAAUCAUAAUAAUAUGUACAUUUCUAUUAUUCCUGCAUAUGUUAUUUACUGUAGUUAAAGCGAAACAGUACCAUCGUUAAUAGUAUUGAAGGGUAGAAUUAGUUCGUGCGAUUCAUAAUUGUUUAAAUGUUAGAUUUCAUGUAAAUUGGCCCCCUUUACUCGGGUAAAGAUAGAACUAGCAGUUAUUGAUGUGUGUUAAUCAGCAAAAGAAAUAAUUUGUAAAUCUUUGAAACUUAUCAUUUUUACUUUUUUCCCGUUAUGAGCGAUCUCCGAACAACAUCAACACCUUUGACCGGGGUUUGAAAAUUCAAUCAUUAUUUAUGAAAUGUAACAUCAUGUUUACACACAGUUUUAUAUUUGAAGGAAUAA